GGACGAGACAGAGAUCCUCCUUCAUUACCCCCCUCCCCUCCCCUCCACCCUCUCUGUCAGUCGGAGCUCAGAGCCAUGGAGAAGCAAGUGUUCCUGCUCGGGGUCUUCCUGCAUCUGGCCACUGCCCAGCGGACUGACAACACCACCAGGCCAGUGUUCCCCUGUGGGGGACAAUUAUCCGGCAACCAGGGCCACGUGGCGAGUGAGUCAUUCCCUGCAGCAUAUCCCCCCAACAGUAACUGCUCCUGGACCAUCACGGUUUCCCCAGGACAGGUGGUUCACCUGUCGUUCCGUCACCUGGACCUUGAGUCGAACCCCACCUGCCGCUACGACCACGUCAGCAUUUACAACGGACAGUCACCAUCGGCUGAGAGACUGGGCCGGUUCUGUGGGACCAUCCGGCCAGGAGCCCUCGUCUCCACUGGAAACACCAUCCAUAUCGUCAUGGAGUCCGACAGUGACUCCGCCGGGAAGGGCUUCCUCGCCGUGUACACAGCUGGACUACCACCCACUACAGAGAGCCAGUUCUGCGGGGGGAAGCUGGUCAAACCUCAGGGGUCCUUCACGACCCCCAACUGGCCGGACAAAACAUAUCCCACUGGCAUCACCUGUACCUGGCACAUCGUUGCCCGGCCCCAUCAGUAUGUGGAGCUGAAUUUUGAGAAGUUUGCGAUUGAAGAUGACACUUACUGUCGCUACGAUUAUGUCACUAUCUACAACGGGGACAGAAGCGAGGAGGGACAACGGCUGGGCCGGUUCUGUGGAAGCACCCUGCCUGGUUCCAUCACAUCUGAGGGGAGCGAGCUGCUGGUCCAAUUUGUGUCAGACCUGAGUGUCACGGCCGAUGGGUUUUUGGCAAAGUACGACGUGAGGCAAAGGAACGGCGUGGCCUUGCAACCAGAACCAACCUCCCCCCCCACCACCACCACCACCACCAAGGCACCCAGGAGAAAAGGUCACCCCAAAGGCACCAUGUGUCAAACCAAAUGUCGGCGCCAAGGGACCCUCCAGAGCAACUUCUGUGCCAGUGACUUCGUGAUCUCCGGGAAGGUAGUGAGCCUCAGCCCUCUAGGGCAGGGUCUACAGGCCACCAUCUCUAUCAUCCACACCUACAAGACGGGCAGCUUGGCGAUGCGGGAGGUGCAGGGCAAGACACUGGCCAAGAUGCUGCUGGUCUGUCGGAGAUGUCCCAACCUGAAGAAAGGUGUCAGGUACACCCUGAUGGGUAUUGUGGAUGCCCAGGGUCGAGGACGGAUCCCCCCGAACAGCUUCUUCCUGAUCUACAAACCACAGCAGCACCAAGUGCUGACCAAACUCACCAAGCGCCGGUGCUGAGGGGGCAGGUGCAGGACGCCCCCUCCCCUCCCGUCCCCAUUACCCCUCCCGGUCCAACGCUCUCAUUGCCUCUCAUCGGUGUGCUUGAAGUUGUCAAUAAAGUUUCUGCA